UCUGCCUUCUCCUCCUCCUUUGCCUGAGUGGCUGCUGAGCUGACUGACUGCCUGCAUGGCUGCCUCCCUCCCUCGCCGGACUGGCUGGCUGGCAGUUCGUUCAACGUGCCGUGAAUGAGGCACUCGGGCUAUUUCCCUCCCCUCCCCAAAAGGUGGCACCGCUGCGAGAAUUUCCCCCGCUCCAGAAGCAGCAGUACUGGGACCCCGGCUCCCGCGUCAUCCUGUGCUGCAUCCAUGACUUUACACACCUGGCUGGUGUACGGGCUUGGAUUUAUUUUGGUGCUCUGCUUGACACAAGUGGAGGGUCUGCAGUGCUAUGGCUGCAACAUCAUCCAGGGUCAGAGGUACGUGGACGUGGGCUGCUCCAACCCAGAGGUGCUCACCUGCACCCACUCGCACAAGGGCUUCAAGCACCGCUUCUGCAUCAAGACAGAGAGCACGGCACUGGGCAUCGUCCUGACCAGCGGCUGUGCCACAUCCAGACACUGCCAACAACAGGAGCUGCCAGGCGUCCGCAUCCACUGCUGCGACUCGGACCUGUGCAACAGCGCCACCUCCCGCAGCCGACCACACUACGCAUGCGCACUGGCCAGCCUGCUGAUGCUCAAGAUGUGGCUUUAGAUGACAGGCGACACAAACUCACUGUGUGUAUUUAAAAACACGAAAGAGAAACUGUCAUAUGCUCACUCUGCAUUUUAUGUCAGGGCCUGAAUGGAUUUUAAGGGGUAUGGUGAUAAAUGGACAAAAUGAUCAGGUGUUCAGUACGCACCUUGGUUUGAAGCUGACAUUCGGUACGGCAAGGCAACAAAAACUGCUUAUUCUUUGUGUUUUCAGGAGCAGAUUUAAUGAUAUAUAAAAUGAAAUAAGAGCUUAAAAAUAUAGUUUUUAUGGCAGUGCUUCUUUUUAGGAAAGGAAGGUUGUAGACUAAUGCCAGCUUGAACAGUGUGAAUUAUUAUGCUUUAAAAACACGAAUAAAUACAUUUGUACAAUUGCUUUGGGUUUAUCUAAAGCGCACGGGACAGCUGUUUCAAUGGCGCUGGAAGUUUUUUACCGUGCCACACUGAUAUUCACGUUCAAAAGAAUUUGAACGAUUUUGACAUUCUGCCAAAAGCAUAGCGCUCGCCAGAAGCUGAGCUGCACUGUGUUUGUUUACAGAAACACUUCUCGUCCCUCACCUAACAUGUUCGGCACAUCGUAUUUCAAAAUGGUCCCUGUGUUUAAUUAUUUUCAUGAUGGAAAACUGCAGUAGUUUCAAACUGCCAAGUGUAAAGCACCGAUUUUAGUGUUAGUUUAGUCAGAUUACAUAACAACAACAAAAAACAUCCAUGCAACUUUACGUAUGGGUGGCACGCGGGCCAAGGGAGAGUUCAUUCAGUGUUGGUACAGAUCUGGAAAAAGGUGCAGAUGAUGAUUGUCUACAUGUGUGCUGUGAUUGGCUGAAGACCAGUCUCAGGUCUUCCCAGCUUCUCUCGCCAAAUGUUAGCUUAGGUUCAUUGAAGACUUUAUGGCUUAUUUGCGAUGAUUUGCUGUGAUGGAAAGUUACAGCCCCAUCUUUUUCUACGAAUUCCAGCUCCAUGCAUGAAAGCUUCUCAGCAUUCGCAUAAAACAAUUUUUUGUUAGAAAAGUCACUCAACCUUUCAUUAAAGACAACGGAAGCACACUGAAUAGUUUUAUAAAGGCUGACACUCGGUUAGGACAUAAUGUGCAUUCAUUGUCAUUUCUAUGGAACUUCAUAUCUUUAUUGCGAUAAGAAAAUGUGUGAUAUGUGUUUUUCUUUCAAGGUCACUCAUUUAUUUUUUUGUUAA